GUUCCCGAGAGUGAAGAUGGAACAGAUAGUACAAGAGAAUUAGUGUUGUGUUUUGUUUGUGCACAUCUCGCACCGCACAGUCAUAAUACAUAUCAGCGUAAUCAAGAUUUUAAAAGUAUUUGUGAACGAUUGGUGUUUACCAAUACUAUGUAUUCUGAGAAUGCCAAUAGAGACUCCACACAAGAGCAACGAGAAGAUUGUGAAAUAAUGAUGACGAACAUGGAAAGUGGAGAUUCGGCGCCGUUAUUACCAUCGCACAACACUCACCAACAUCAACGAAUUAGGGCUUGCGAUCAAUUAGCAAGAGAAAUAAUUGAUGGUAGAGUAUUACAUGGAUUUGAAGAAGGUGAACUAAAUUUCAUGCCAACAUAUAAAUAUUAUGUUGGGAGUGUAAAUGAAUUUGAUGUCAGACAACGAACUCCUGAUCCUGGCAGUACUGCCGAGCGAUCUUCACCAGUAUUACUAAUUAGCUAUAUGUCACAUCCUUCUUACACCUUAUCGGACCACAAACCCGUUUCUGCCCUAUUUGCCAUAACACCACAACAUAAACGGACAGUCAUUAAAUCGGGUACGUCCAAUUCUCCAUUUAAGAUUGACGAUCAUAGAAAUCUUAAAUUUACAAUCGGUGAAGCAUCCAAAACAUGUCAAAAUAAUAAUACCUCACGAACAAACUCAGCGCAAAAGCCUACUUACACAAUUGAUACUUACACUUUACAUUCAUCCCAAUUCGAUUUUUCUCGUGAUAACGUUCUACUUUCUCGUAAUACUCCUUCACAGACUAAUCUUUUCUUUGACAAAUCGGGUAAUGAAUCGAUUACUAUUAAUUCUUCGAGUUCAGCUCCAGUCAUAUGUGACGCGACACCCAACCGUUGUACUGUUAAUACAAACCGUGUUUCGGUUAGCGAAGGAAAUGGCUUACAUGCUACAAGUGCUUGUAAAUUUGCUAAGCAUAAUGGCUCAAGAAAACGCUGUUUAGUAAGCGAUCAAAAUCAACAACAAUUUGUUCAAGCACGACCUUCCACAAAUAUUAUUAAGCCAUCAGGAUCAAUUAAUGGAUUGACCGAUUUUACAACACCAUUUGUAAAUAUUAAACAAGAUAAAUGCGUGGAUUACGUAGUUGAAAAUGGCAUACCAUCAUUAUCGUCUGGAGCCCAAGAUUCAAAAAAAUUGAAUUCACGAAAUUCUUAUGAAUACUUUUCUACCAUAGAAAAUAUACCUCGUAAAAAACAAAAAUUGCCUACUGAUCAAUAUCCACCACUGUCGUCAGUAGAUAAUCUUUCUGAUAAACAAUUUGAACAGAAUCUGGUAACGAUGGUUAAACAAUAUAUAUUAAAUUCUAAAAGAUCUUAUUCUGAUAAUCAUCCUUUCGAAGAUAUAUUAUCUGUUGACAGAAACAGAGAUGAUCAACAAAAUCGAACUAAGAAAGAAAGGUUUGUUUAUUAUUCAGAUGAUGAUAGUAGUUCUGAUGAAGAGUAUGAUUCUCUUUUCAAUAAUGUUGAGAAAGAUCUAUUAACUGAUGACAGUAUUACUAUUAAUGGUGACGAUGACGAAACAACAGUCAUCGCUAAUGAAGAGGCCAUCAUUGAUAGUAAAGAAAAUGCUAUUGAUAAUAAAACAACCAUUUGUGAGAAAGAAACAAUAAUUGGUAAAAAAGAAACAACCACGGAUACGAAAGAAACAAUCAUUGAGAAGAAAGAAACAACUAUUGAUAAGAAAGAAAUAACCAUUGAUAAAAAAGAAACAAUCAUUGAGAAAAAAGAAACAACCAUGGAUAAGGAAGAAACACCCGUUGAUAAGAAGGAAGGUAUCGUUGAUAAGAAAGAAACAACCAUUGAUAAGAAGGAAGCUAUCGUUGAUAAGAAUGACAGAAAUGUACUUACUGCGGAAGAAUUGUUGGAAGUGGAAUACAAAUCAGAGUGGGCAAAGUAUCAAAUCACAAAACGUGAAUGUGAAUUUAUGAAUGAACAGUUAUUGUUGCGCGAAAAAAAACUGAAAAAAAUUAAAAGUUUGUUGGGAUUUUGUGACUGCACGAUUGAUUGCGUAGACAGGAAAUAA